GAGGUUCAACACGGUGUAACUUUACCUUACUCUAAAUUUGCUUCUGGGGUGUUCCAGAUUGUAGGAACUGUGUUCUUGACGACAUGAAGAACAUGAUGGUCUUCACUCAGCUGUGUCUGACCCUGUGCUGGAUGCUCUCUGUGGACUCCAUGAGGAUCCCUCAUAGUCCCGGGCUCCCAUUAGACAUGGCUGACCAAUCACUUGAUGACAUGUACGAUGGCUGCUACAACAAAGCAUCAGUGGACAAGAUAAAAAGGCAGUACUCUAAAGAGCUGACAAGUGGAGUAUAUGCACAGGCCUGGAAAAAAGCUAAAAAGUGUGCUGUUCAGAAGUUUAACAUAAGGAGCAAGGAGGACAUGGCUCUUACCAAAGAUCACAUGCAAGCAAUCUGUGUGUACACAGCUAAUGAUGUGUAUUCAGAGUUUAAUACAGCAGUCAGAGAACAAAGGAAAAAUUAUACUAAGUCAUUCCAGUUCCAUAUUUUACAUUUCCUGUUGACAACAGCCAUUAGAAUCUUGAAUCCUAAACGCCGCUGUCACAUCACCUACAGACGAACUAAAGCUGCAUUUAAUGGAAAACUCAACCAAAAAAUUCGUUUAGGUUCCUUUGCAUCCAGCUCUUACAGAACAGACCUGACCCUCUUUGGUAGAGAAACCUGCUUUAGGAUUACCACCUGCUAUGGUGGAUAUUUGAAAAGAUAUUCAGUCUUAAAUGACAACGAGCAAGAAGUGCUCAUCCCACCGUAUGAGAUUUUCACUAUUAAAGACAUAGUUAGACCACCACGUGUAAUUAAAGGGCUGGAAGACUGUAAAACUGUCUAUGUGUUGGCGAGUGCAGGACGUAAAAGUAAUCUGAACUGCAGCUUAUUUCAACAGCAUCCAGAAAAAGUUCCGGAAAAAAAAUGGUAAAAACAUUUUCAGCUGUUGUUUCAAGGGAUGAAAUUGCUUGUCACCACAGUCAAGAUAAUAUCAAAUGCAAGCAAUAAUAAAUAAAUAAAAAAAACAGUGGCUAUGGUUUCCAGCUUUAUGCUUAGUCUUCAUUGGAUUUCUUGUAAUCUCAUGUUGUUGAUACAGGAUAGUUGAAGAAUUUAAUGGAAAAUUGAUAUAUAUAUAUCUUGUCUUUCUUUUCUGUUCCUCCUCAUAUGCAACUCACUCAACUUCUUUGUGCCUUUUUUUCUACAUUCAUGUGUAGAAAUGACUCCCAGCAGCUGUAAUGUUUGUCUUGACGGAGCUGCUGGGCUGCUUUCUGUAAUGGACCAUUUAUUGCAAGAAAUAAACGUGUAAA